UUCUCAGGUGCUUCCAACCAAAACAGAGAGAGAGAGAGAGAGAGAGAUUUAGUCGCCGCCAUGUAUGUAUUUCAGUCUCCCCUCGAAGCUCUCGCCUUCAACUACUUCAAUUACGUAAGCUUCGGAUUCUUAGCCACUAAUACCCUUCAGAGCUUAUUCACCUGUGUUGCCAUUCUUACCACUGCUGUUAGCUUUUGGAGAUUCACAACUGUUGUUGGCUCUAAUUCCUUCCCUCGAACCAAUUCAUCAUCAUCAUCAUCAUCAUCCUCAGUUAAUUCUGAUGGCAGCCAUUCUACUCCACCACCAACUGUACAAAUAUUAUCUCCUCAUCUACUACCCUGUCUAGGGUCGACCUCGCCUGAUCAUCUUCAGCUGGAGUCGGAGAAGAAGCCAUAUGAUGAUCAUGAAGCUUCCACUUGCAAUUGUGUGCGAAGAACAUCAUCAUCAUCCUCAUCAUCCAUUUUGGUUGGCCCCAUCCCUCUCGAAGAUGAGGAUGAGAACAAGGUCAACCUUAAAGCCAAGUUUACUCUGUAUUACUCUGAGCUGAAUGACAAAAGUAGUAAAGAGGAGGAGGAGGAGGAGGAUCCUAUCGAGGACGUUGACGUCCUCCUUUGCUCGUCCGGAGCACCCCCAGAGCUUCUCUACUCUAGCGGGCUUUGGUGUUCCGAUGGUACUUCGGCGAGGAGAGAAGGAGAUUUGCUGAGUUGGUACCGUUAUCAGGAUUUAACGGUCUUUAACGGCAGCGUCGUUAGGUUAUGGGAUUGUCAUAGACGGAGAAACACAUCAUCGUCCGUUUGCUUCCCUGCUCCUGCUCUAGAAGUGAUAGGAUAGGCAGGUUGACUAGCUGACUGCACUCUCUCGCUCUCUCCUCUGGUAGCGGGUGAGGGAUUCAAUGGGUAUUCUGUAUUUACAUUUCUGUUGGAUUCCAAGUUCUAGUCUUAAUAUGUACUGGCAAUUUUUUAUUUUUUUUUAUGGGUAGAAACAAGGAUUACAAUCUACAACUAUAUUAGCAACCUUUAGAAUGUAUUGAAAUUUAUAAUCAUCAAAUUAAGAACAAAGAUGCCUUAUGUCUUCAA